UGUGGGUGACGUGCGGCCGCCAUCUUCCCGUCCCCGGCAGCCAGCGCCAGUCGGAGCUAGCGCAAGCUGCCUACCCUGCCGGUGCUGCCAACAUCCCUGUCGCUGCGAAGUCCCGCGCCCGUUGCCCCCGCCAUGUCGGCUACCGCUGCUACCGCCCCCCCUGCCGCCCCGGCUGGGGAGGGAGGUCCCCCUGGGCCCCCUCCAAACCUCACCAGUAACAGAAGACUGCAGCAGACACAGGCCCAGGUGGAUGAGGUGGUGGACAUCAUGAGGGUGAAUGUGGACAAGGUCCUAGAGCGGGACCAGAAGCUGUCGGAGCUGGAUGACCGUGCAGAUGCACUCCAGGCAGGAGCCUCCCAGUUUGAAACAAGUGCAGCCAAGCUCAAGCGCAAAUACUGGUGGAAAAACCUCAAGAUGAUGAUCAUCUUGGGAGUGAUUUGCGCCAUCAUCCUCAUCAUCAUCAUUGGUGAGUAUGGUAGGAGUGGGUAGUGCCCUUUUCUUUGGAGAGGUUUCCCCCACGAGUUCUGCAAAAAGCACAUAUUCAGCAAAAAGCAUAUAAAGCUGCCAUUGGUGGCUCUGAUUCAUCUAGAGCCCAAAAGUUUGAUGUUGUUUAGUCUGCACUUUGGUUGUAGGCAAUUAUUCUAAGAUUUUUGGAAACAGGAAAGCUGGUAGAUCCGCACCGCUCCCUUGAGGACCUGUUGUGCCUAAGACCCCAGUCUGGGAACCCUGGAAUUGGGGGCUAGAGAGCAGGAAAAGCCUGGGGGAAUUGAGACAUGGCUAGGGAGCCACUGUUUAAGCGGUCCUGGUUUCAGAGGCCAUGGCAUGGGGUUGAAGAGACCUUAGAACCCACCCAUCCAGCCCCCUUGCUUUACAUGUGGAUAGUCUGAGGCCCAGAGGGGAAGGGAUAUUGGCCAGCUGGGGAGUGGGGAGGGUGGAAGCAGGACCAGGCCUGACACACUGCUUUCUCUCCUCUCUUUUCCCCCUCUCCCUCUUCUUCCUUCUUUUUCCGUCUAUAUAGUUUACUUUAGCUCUUAAACCCCUGAGGAGCCUGCCCAGAGAAGGGCCUCUCAUCCCCACCCAUCCCCAGCCGUUACCCCACCUCCCAGCCAUAUCUUCCAGCCCCCCACCCAUGUGUGUGUCUGUGUGUGUGUCCCCCUGUAAAUAGCCAGCUGUUAUUUAUACAUAUAUAAUAUUA